AUGCGAUUCUCAACAAGUGCUAUUCUGGUCACCGCACUGGGGUGGAUCACCGCCGCGACCGCACACACCAUCCAGCUCAAGGCUCACUCACGAGAGUGCUUCCAUGAGUCCCUACACAAGGACGAUGUCAUGACCGUCACCUUCCAAGUCGGAGAUCGCGAGUUUGGAGGAAGUGGAAACCUCGAGAUUGAUUUCUGGGUCGAGGACCCCCAGCGAAACCGCCAGUACUUCAAGAACGCCGUCUCCUCCGACGAUUACUCCUUCACUGCGUUGUCCGAUGGAAAAUACAACUACUGCUUCAGCAACGAGGGCUGGACCUCCAACUCCAAGGAGGUUUCUUUCAACGUCCACGGAAUUGUCUACAUCCCCGAAUCUGAAAUGUCGAAGGAACCCAUCGAGGUCGAAGUUCGCAAGCUUUCCGAGGUUCUAUCGCAGGUAAAGGAUGAGCAGUCAUACAUUGUGGUUCGCGAGCGCGUACACCGGAACACCGCAGAGAGCACCAAUGGUCGCGUGAAGUGGUGGAGUAUGUUCCAGCUCAUGGUGGUCAUUGCGGAGGGUGUGUUCCAGGUGUGGUGGCUUAAGAGAUUCUUCGAGGUCAAGCGCGUGGUCUGA